UCACGAAGGAGACCUUCACUUCACAUAGCCAAAUAUACAUACAUACAUACACAUACACACAUACAUACACAUACGCACAUGCUUAGUAAUAUAAAAUUCACGGCCAUACACCCGCAUUAGAGUAGUUCACACACACACACACACACACACACACACACACACACACACACACAUACACACACACAAACUGAUUGUGAUUUAGUUGCAAAGUCCGUGACACAAGAGGUGAUCCAACCCUCUAUUUGAAUCGGACGAGUCAGGAUGCGGGUGACUGAGGCGGCGAAGGCGAUGGUGGUGGUGGUGCUGGCGGUGCUGGUGCUGGGGGCGGUGCGGGAGGCGGAGGCCUUUGUCGGCUUGGGCAGCGGAGUGCCGGGGGGCAUUGUGUCCUAUAUGUGGUGGAUCUUUCUGGGCAGCCUGGGGGUGUCUCUGUACAUGAAAAAAUUGAUGAGGUUCAAGGAGAGGAGACGCUUGCAGAUAGCAGCGGCGGAUGAGCGACAGCAGCAGGAGGAGUUGCUGGAGACGCUGAGGGCAGAGGCGGCGAUGGCGGCAGCGGGGGACGGGCAGGACGCAGUAAUAGUGGAGAGGGAGGACGCAGUGCCGCUGCUCUUUGGCGAAAAAUACGGGCCAGAACUGGAGUACUACGGGGACGUUUUAUAUGACGCUGACCACUACGAUGUCCCAUUCGUCACGCAGCACCGCCUCCCCCCUUUCCCUGGUAACUGGCCCGACGAAGGCAAUAUGGACACGGUUUACGACCCUCAUCCUUUCCUCAGGCCGCACCGCUUGCCCCGAUCCCCUCACCAUCAACCUGACGAAGGCGAAGACGGCGGUGACACAGUACAUGAGCCAGAUCACUCCAGCAUCCCAGGUUCCUUGUCCCGCCCCCUCUCCCUUUCAUCUGACGACCAACGCGACGAAGACGAGGAGGACGAGGCCCUGCAGAAGGUACUAGUGAACCUCGCCGCCCAACUGGACACGAGUGGCUGCUCCUUGAGAUUCCUGUGCCACCUCCUUGGAAAGCCACAGGAUGCCCUCACCCAGGACGAGGAACUGUUGCUGCGCCUCUUUGUCGGCAGCCACAGCGACGCCCCUCCAGGCAGUCAGUGCGACCAGGAGUUCCCUCGAUGCGGCCUGCAAGGGAAGGAGCUCAGUGCGCUGUUCACCUUUACCUCAGGCCUCGUAGCUAAGAUCCUGUAGGUGUUCAGGGACUUCCUACACACGCCCCACUGUGUGUUCCUACACACACACACACACACACACACACACACACACACACACACACACAAUUAUAUA